GCGCUUCCUCGGAGCAGCAGGUCCCUGGAAGCAGCCAAACUGUCACCGACUGCUACUAGCACAUGCUCGCUCUCAGCUCAGCACUUUCUAUAGCAGCUGCCAAGAGAGGAGGAGGAGGAGGAAAAGUGAGGCUGGAAGAAACAGCCUGAAACACAGAUAGAGAACAGAAAGAGAGAGAGAGAGACUUGGACCAACCUGUGACUGCUUGCCUCUGCCUGGCUCACUGUGUGAGAGACUGGAGAGAGAUUACAAGUGAUGCCUCACAUGGUCCAGAGCAGCACGUAGCCAGGACUUUUCUCAGCUUUCUUUGUUCCACCCUUCUGUUUCCAUGAUGAGAAGAGAUCGCAUCUUAUUAGCUGCCACCCUCACAGCUAUCUUCUCUGCUGACCUCUACUUCAUCCUUUUGCCAAAGCUGCGGAGCAAGGGGCUAACAUCAGGACACUCCUGCUCAUGUGGCACCAGCAACCUCACCCUUCCCAGCCAGGGGGGUCUCGCCACACCGCAGCUCUCCAACUGGACUUCUGCAGCACUCCUGGAUGGUACGACAUUGGAACCUGCCUAUGGAGGCUCGAAGCUUGUGAGACUUUUUUCUCACCCUCUAUACAACAUCCAGACUCCGGUGCUGGGGCCAGAAGAGAGACUGCUGCAGGUGGAACAGCUGAUUGAUUACUAUAGGAGGAAGGUGUCACACUGGGAAAGACAUAUGAAACUCUACAGCGAGGCAGCGGCUCUGGCCAACAUCACUGUGACUAAGCAUGAGGUGACCUAUGACCCCGAUGCCAGCUGGCUGAAGUUCCACCUGGGAAUAAACCGCUAUGCUUUGUACUCCCGGGACGACCCUGCUAUCCUUCAACUCAUCAAGGACAUGCAGAGCAUGACAGUUGUCAGUUCAGAUUACACUCAAGAUGAGAAAGCCCUGAAAGGAGCAUGUGAUUGCACCCAAGUGGUGAAACCCAGCGGACAUCACCUGAAACUGGCUCUGAAAAUGCACAACUUCGCUAAAGCCAUGUUUAAACCAAUGAGGCAGCAGAGGGAUGAGGAGACUCCAGAAGACUUCUUCUAUUUUGUUGACCUCCAGAGACACAACGCAGAGAUUGCUGCUUUUCAUCUGGACAGGAUUCUAGACUUCCGGAGGGUCCCUCCAGUGGUUGGCAGGCUGGUGAACAUCACAAGAGAAGUCCUCCAAGUAACCCACAAUGAAGACCUGCGAGCUGUGUUUUUCACCUCUCCAGCAAACAACACAUGUUUCUUUGCCAAGUGCCUGUAUGUUUGCAAAACAGAAUAUGCAGUGUGCGGCAACCCCGACAUGCUGGAGGGCUCCAUGUCUGCCUACCUGCCAGGCCUCAGCAUUGCUCCCCGUAUCUCCAUCCCCAGCCCGUGGAUACGCUCCUACACCUUCACUGGACGGGAGGAGUGGGAAGUGAAUCCUUUCUACUGUGACACAAUAAAGCAGCAGUAUCCGUAUAACUCAGGAAACAGGCUCCUAAACAUCAUAGACAUGUCCAUCUUCGACUUUCUUAUAGGUAACAUGGACAGACACCACUAUGAGAUUUUUACCAAAUUUGGGGAUGAAGGCUUCCUCCUUCACUUGGACAACGCCAGAGGGUUUGGGAAGCACUCUAAAGAUGAGACGUCCAUCCUGGCUCCACUAUCUCAGUGCUGCAUGAUAAAGCGCUCCACACUGCUGAGGCUGCAGCUCCUGGCCCGACCAGAGUUCAAGCUCAGCGAUGUGAUGAGGGAGUCCCUGGAGGACGACUCUUUAAGGCCCGUCCUGAUGGAGCCCCAUCUGUUGGCACUGGACCGCAGGUUACACAAGGUCCUCCGAGUGGUCCAGCGAUGCGUCCGAAGGCUGGGCGAAGACGAAGUGAUCACUAAGGACUUUGUUAAAUCCACAGGGACACAGGAGCCUGCCACAGACGCGACAACGCGCAGGUAACAGAGGACGCGCUCGGCUUCUGGCUGCUUUUGUAUCACGGGAGACUCACAAAGAAGACUCUAUACGUUUUCAGGAAAAAGCCAAGAGUCUUUAGAGGGGCUUUUCAGACAAGGAGUGAAUCUCUGCAGAGUGACACCUUCACUUGUUUAAAUAAAGACCCUGCUUGAAAACAAAAUUAAGCUUUGCGAGUGGAAACUAACAGCAUCUGAUACAUAAAACCAUUGGUGUUAGUAUUCAUGAGACAGAGCUGCGAUGCACUGGAUUGGCUGUUUUUCACAAAAUUGUUGGUUUAUACUGUGGCUGUGCAAAGAGAGCUCUGUGUGUCCAUGACGUGUAAUUAGAAAAUAAAGUCUUUAUGUGAUGACUCUGUAAGUUUUGAGAAGUUAUCACCUUGGACUUUGUGUGUGCGCGUGCAGACGUAUGGUUGUGAGAAAAGUGCUACCUAUUAAACAGCCACUUAGUUUACUCCACCCUGUUUUCCAGACGUGUAAUCCUCCCUCUCAUCAGAGUGUUUAAACAGCUUCACGACGUCACUGUCAACUCCACCAGGCAAGGAUACAGAAACAACAAACCCAAAGCAAUUAGCAAAUAUGCAUUUCAUCGCACCGCCCUAAUAACUGUAACCCAAGCCGACUAUCUCCUGGUAAAGAUUUAUGAGUGGGUUUACGUCUGAACGUGUCAGCUUCUUUUUUUUUUCUGCUCCAACCAACCUGAUAAGUGCCGUGUUCCCCUGUGAUGUAGACUAAGAUGAAUGAGCACAAAUAUCUUUAAGAGACUUCAGAGCUGGUGAAUCUUGCCAAGUGGAGUCAGACUUGAACCUGACAAAGCAGACAGAGAGGCUGAUAAGGAUCCUUUACAUAAAACGGGCCCUCGAGCACCGGUAAAUCCCUUCAUACCAAAGCAUUUGUACAGUACUCCUUCCCUGGAACCUUUUAGCGGGUGUAAACACUUUGAAUGGCUGUCUAAAAUAAAGGAUUACCAAAGGAAAGCAAAGGAAGAUUUCCAAAUACCCAAUGAUAGCAAGUGUAGCGUAAUAAAUCCUUGUGUGUCACAAUGCCAAGAACAACAAUCUAAUUUUAAAUGUGGUUAUUUGAAAAUAUUUGCUAAAAACUGAGUUUUAAAAAGCUUCAGGAAAAACUGAGUGUAUUAUUAACUGGAGAAAGUUCUCAAAUGAGUAAUGAAGAAUUGUAACUGUUGUUUAAAUUGUUUAAUUUAGAACAGGGUUUGUUUAAUUGAGCAAAUUGAUGUUACUCAUUUGUCUGCACGUACAGCAUCUUAAUAACUCCCCCUAGGGUGCAAAUGUGAUAUUACAUCUUUUUGAACAUAUUGUAUAUGUUAAGGAACAUGGCCGGUAGGUGCUAUUAAACAUACUUUUUUUGUGUAUGUUUGCCUUUAGAACUAGAUGUUCUGAGGUGUUGAACUGUUGGUUGGGUAAAAUAUGAAAUAUGAAGAAUGUCGCCUGGACUAAACAGCUUAAUGAAGACAAUGAGUAGUAGUAGAUC